UCUCUCAACGUUACUGAACUUUGAGACUGUCGGGAGUGAAGCAGGAAGUGAAACCCAGCAUACGGGGAACUGCUGAAUUCUAAACUCGUUUAAACUGUUUUUUCUUCUUCGGACCCAUGGGCGUUUAUGGAUUACAACAAUGGGCUUUAAAGUUUAAACCGGUGAACAUCCACCAAAGUAAAAAUAUGAACGCUAGAGAACGUUUGCAGCGGUUUUUAGGGAGCUUUGGGAGUGCUGAGAAACGGAUUUAAUAAGGUGAAAUGCGAAUAACUUGAUCGACCUGAGAAGUGAACUGAAGUCAUCGCUUGAAAGAUUGCUCUGCAUGCAAUGCGAUCUGGAUUUCCACACAGCCAAGGAGGGGCGUAUUCUGCGUUCCAGUGCCGGAGUAAUGUUGGUGUUCUCCCAUCACCUCAGGACAUCAGUACUGCACCUGUACCAGUGGUUCAACCUGAAAAUGGAAUACAGAAUAAUAUGGUAGCCACUCAAUAUCCCGGGGAGCUUAGAGUGGCUCACACUCCAGAUAAGUUGCAGCCAGGCUAUGCACAAUCACAACAAAAUUUCCAGGAACUCCACCACCAUCAGGAGUCACAGGCAAACAAAGUAAGCACUGGGUUGCAGCAUCUGUCACCCACAGAUAGUAAAUAUACUUCUUGGAACAGUCACCACCAAAUAAGCAGAGAAGAUAAUGCUGAAUUUCAUACAUCAGAACAAUGCAGCAGUUACUUUGGGACAUUGGUGAAUGAGAACUCUGUAAGACAAUCUGUUUAUAAUGGCGGAAAACUGCUGACUGCCUUACUGAAAGGAAAUGAUUCAGAUUCCAAAUACUCUACCACAUCGUCUUCUUCAUCAAAGGAAACUAAUGCCAACAGUGAGGUCAUUACUAUUACAAAUCUUUCAGAUGGAAGACACUGCAAAGCUCAGCAAGUCAAAGGUUCAUCGCUAAAGUGUGGAUGGACUAGAACACAAAACCUAGAUAAUUCAGGAGGAACUCCUUUGACCCCCCACCAGCAGCAGGUUAUGUUUCCUUCUCCAAGCAGUCAGUCAUCCACAGAAAAUGUCCAUCCUGUGGGAAAAACAAAACCGCCUACAGAUGACGAUAUACUGGACUUUGUUCAUAAAAGUAUUGCAGAAUAUCAGACUAUUUUAACUCAGAAAAACAGAAAGUACGAACAUUCCAAUAAGGACUCAGACAGGGUCUACUCACCACAGCCUGACAGCAUCAUGCCAAAGGUCGACAGUGUGGACCAUCUCACCACAACCUCCGCCCCUGACAAAGAAGAUGUGGAAUGGCAAAGUCUCAACUGUGCUGUGACUGAGCAGUAUACUGCUGCAGUUGGACAAGAACUUGAAGAGGACAGUUCAAAGGGCAGCAAAACAAAUGCUGAAUUUAUAAAGAGGGUUGAAGAGACAGGUGACUGUGCUACAUCUGCAUCAGAGAGGCAUUCAACAGGUAAACUAGCCUCUGCUGUAGAAAGCUCGAAAUGUGCUGCCAAAAUUGAACCUGUUGAGAGUGCAUCGGGUGAGGAAGCAUUCUCCAUGAACACUGUAAAAAAGCUGCUUUAUGAAGACAUACAGCCAGCCACAAAACCCCCAAACCCAAAACAUGUGGAAGUAAGCUUUCCAGCACGUUCUGAAAACCCAAUGUAUGAAGAUGUAAGUGAGGAUGAAAGUCAACAGAUGGAGGAUAUCGCUGAAUAUCAACAAAUAAUGAGGGAAGUUGCUUUCACCUGCACAAAGAAUGAAGAUGAGAGUCGAGUGGUUCUCACAUCCAUGCCUGGAAUGACCCAGGAUGAUCUGACUGAGAAGCAAACCAGUUUAAUGCUCAACUGCAGCAUGUCACAAGAACAAAACAAUUCUCUUUGGUCAAAUUCCAAAGAUUUGGACACAAGAGUUGAAGUGCCUAAUGACAGAGAACGAUACAUGCCAGAGCGGCAGAGUGGAGCCCUAAAAUUAGUGGAGGCAGAAGGGUUGGACAGUGUGCAAAGUAUAACUGACAUCUCAGAGGAUCUUCAAACCAAGUCAACUUCAGUCGCACCUAAAAACAAAACAUUUCAAUCCACAUCACUCAGUAAAAAUCUAAUCGCAAAUACAAAGAAAAAGAAAAGCAUUGAUGAUCAACAACAUUGUGGUGUUACCAGUAAAAAAGCAACUGCUCAUUCCAAGUUAAAUUCAUCACUUGAUAAAACUCAAAAUGUAGUAUCAAUUCCUAUAAACCACAGUGAAUGGUUGAGCACCCAAACAAGUUGUGAAGAUCUAGAAGAGGACACAGGGUGUGUGGAUUCACAAACUGAUUUAAGCAUGUCACUCUCUGAAGCCAAAAAACAUGCCCCUCCAUAUGAAAGCGAGGGUGAGGAAGCAUUCUCCACGGACACUGUAAAAAAUCCACUAUAUGAAGACAUAUCAGAUAAUGACAUGCCACAGCUGGACACAAAACUUCCAAACCUAGAGCACUGGGAAGUAAGCUCUCUAGCAUGUUCUGAAAACCCAAUAUAUGAAUAUAUAAGUGAGGACGAAAGUCAACAGACUGAGUAUAUCUCUGGUGAGAGAUCUUCACCUACACAAGCACCUGAACCCAAUGUUAAGCAGUCACCAUUUGAAAAUGAAGCUUAUGGACUCGUGCAGGGUCAGGCUCUGAUGACGACGGAUAUCAUUUCAGAUGAGGAACUAAUUCCAAAGAAGCAGGUUUCACCAGAGAUAGAGGCACUUAUUGUAGCACAACAAUAUUCUAAAACUGAUCCUGGUUUUGAAGGUCGGUUAUGUCCAAAAUAUGACAGUGAGCAACAGGAAAACCACUCUAUUUCAUGUAGUCCUUACCCCAUUUUGAAAGAUGGAGAGGUGACUGAUGAUGAGAUGGAUGAUGACUGGUUAAUAAUUCCCAUAGUUGUGUCAGACCUUAACUUUGAAGCACAUGAGCAAGACCAGGAUAGCCCACAAGAAAAUGUGCUUGAUGUUUGGGAAAUGGGGGAACAAGAACGGCAGUGUGACACAAGUCCAACACACUGGCCAUCUCCAAAUCCACAAGCUUCUGCUUUUUCCCCUUUAGAGGUAUAUGACACACUUGCAACCUUACAACAAAAGACAGCUAUGGAAAUUAAGACCGUGGUUGAGUUGCCACUAAGGAGGAGCACACCUGAGCGUGAAAUGGACUCCGAGGGAGAACCACUUACACCCCAGAGCAGGAGAGAGUCUGUAGACAGCUGUGAAACUGAAGACAGCCUUGAUUACUCACCCGAAUUAGAGCGCAACUUUAUGACAGUGUCCAAGAAAUUGUUUGAGAGCUCAGCACCUCUGCCCUUAGAGACAGAUGUGGUUGUGUCUGCAAAAGAGGGUGUAAGCUCUGAGUUGACAAAUACGCAAAAAGUUCAAACCAGCUGCUUUAACAAGUUUAGCAGUUUGCAAAGACUUAAAGUCAAAGCUGCAUCUAAGCGUGUUCAUCCCAAAACCAAUGGAAAAAAGAUUUCAAAAAAGGAUGAGAUAUUUAUCAGUGGUUCUGAUUCGGAGGAUGAAUGUGGCCAAUAUUGCAAAAAGAAGGCAAAAAGGAAGAGAUUUUUCUCUUCAAGCUCAGACGACAGUGAAGAUGCUGGGAACAGUUGGUGUGAAACUGUUGAAAAGUUUCAAAAUAACAGCCUGCCAUCUAGAGACUUACCUGCACAGCAGCAUCAAUCGAUCCAUGAUUCAUCGUGUGCAGGCCUGUUGUACAGUACAGAGGAGUGUGUGCAGAUGAUUGGCACCAAAGCUCCCUCUGAGCAUGUUCAACAUAACGGACAAAAUGUUUCAAAAGAAGAAAUUAUUACAAUCCAUGACACUGACUCAGAGGAUGACAGUUACCAAAACUAUAAAAAGACAAGCAGGAAAAGUUAUUUCUCUUCGGGGUUGGAUAGUGAUGAUAACUCAUGUGUAGAAGAAACAAGAAAGACCUCUCGAACUGAGGACAGUGAGUGUGAAACUGCUGAAGAAGAAACUCAACUCUCUCUUACAGACUCAGCACUGUCACAGCACCCGUCUAAACUUUAUGUUACACAGUAUGAAGAAGCGAUGCAAGAUGCAUGCUCUGAUGUGUCACACAGUGUGAAAAAGAGUGGACAGCUGAUUGAAGCUAAAGGUGAACAUGAGCAUGUUCAAAACACGACCAACAGACAAAGGACCUUAAAAAGAAGAGUAACUUUCUGUGAUUCUGACAAAGUGGUUAAAAAAAGCUGUUUUAGCCAAAAGAAAGCAAAUACACAAGAUCUACUCUUGUCAGAAUCAGAGGACAUUGGUGAUGACUUAGUUUCUGCAAAAAACAGAACUUCAACUGAAACUGUGGGGCAUCUUUGUAGAACUGGUAAUGCUCAGCCUCACAAAAACAGACUGUCAUCCAAAGAUUCACCAGAGAAGCAGCGCCAGUCUGCGGACAAGGAGUCCAACUCCACAUUGGAUCCUAAUCAUUUGAUUCCUCACUUUCUUCUUGUGAAACCCUCCCAACCCGCUGAAAGAAUUCACAAGCAGGAUGAAAAAGGAACUCUGCCUCCAAAGACCUCCACAGUAUUCAGCAAAAAGCCAGACAUCUGUGAAAAGAAUAAACCACAUUUGUACAGAAAUAAACAAGGAAGAUUUGUGCCCAAACCACAACCUGAAAAUGAUAAACACCAUGCCAAGGAGCAUAACAUUCAGGCCAAAGUACCAAAAUCUAGAACGGUUUCAAGACAGCUUCCCUUACCUAGCCAGGACAGCCCAUCCACUUCCCUCAGGAGCUUGCCUUCCACAAGUGGACAACUUUCUGAAGCCAGACAACGCUUUGCCUACUCAAGAAAUAUGUCUCUGCCUGGAGAAACCACAUCCUCCAGUAGUGCUACUUCAUCUAAGCAGAGCUCAUCUAUUCCUACACAGCAUUUGUCUUCACCUAAACUACACCGGUCUCACAGCACCCCCUCAACAUUAAAUCCUUGCACUAACACAAAAGGCCCAUCAUUUUCUGAAAAAUCAUUACGGGAAAGACUGGUGAAAGGGUGGAAGGAAGGUUAUACCCCAGUUCACUUCCGGACCAGGAGAAAUGGAAAAACUAGCCUGGGAAUGAAGGAGGACUUGAGAACUUUGAAUAAUUCAUUGAGGGAAGCUAGACCAGUACCAAGUCACCGUGACAAGGUACCCAAACAAGGGCACAACUCGCACAAGGCCACACCCCUCCUGAUGAAGAGGAGCAGGACUGAGGCCAUACAGAGGACAAAUGACAUACAUCGGGGUCCCAAAGUAAAACUAAAAGGCUUUGUUGGUAAAAAUUACAAGUGGAAAAACAGUGACAAAGCCAAUGAAAGAAUUGAGUUGGACUGGGAAGACAAGUAGACCCCUCCGAGACCCAGUCAGUGAGGGAAAAGGUGGCAGCUUCUACAAUUUGUUUCACUCCCAAACUGACAGGUGCUUGAUGAGUGAAAACAUCAGUUACUGUUGUUGUAAUUAAGUGGAUCUCCUGAUUUUCCAAAGCACUUUCUGUAUUUUAACAGUUUGUGUAUAUAUAUAUAUAUAUAUAUAUAUAUGUAUAUGUGUACACUGUAUGUGUAUCACUAUCAGAUGUCUGUUGGAAUGGCAUUGUUUCUGAAUGUUUAGGUGUCAACAAAUAAUCGUUCUUUUUACUAGCUACCUCAAAAUGUAUGAAUAUUCUGCAUUAAGUUGUUCAGUGUUUUUGCUUUGAAAACAGUUUAUAUUUGAAAAUUUUUCUUUUUCAGACGUUUCGAUCCUUUUUUUUUUUUGUUAAUACAUGAUAUGUUCGGAUUUGUUUUUUAACUUUUUUUACUGUGAAAACUCGGCUCUGAUUGCAGUAUUUCUGUGUUGCAUCUCUUUUGAAAGAAAGUUUAUGUGAAAAUGCAUAAAAGGCCUUAAACAAACUAUUUGUCUCGUGCUCUUCUUUUUCAGCACUAGACCAGUGCCUGUGUUAAACCAUAUAUUGUACCUGGUUACAUGUGAAAUUGGCAGCUUCAAAAUUUUGACUCCAUAGCUUUGAGAUUGGGGGUGGAAUUAGCCUACAUGAAGUCAGUUUUUGACUGCCUGCAUGCCUUAAGGUAUAGGCUAUGGCAAGCGAUUUUAAAGUUAAAUCAAUAGGGCUGACUAGUAGCGUUUUCACUAGUGGAAAUCGUUGUGGCAUUCUUGUCUCAAACUGGGGCCAGAUUAGUCCAAAACAGUGAAGUGACAAAAAUCGGUGCCUGGAAUUGGGCCUGACGGCUCCCGACCCUGUCCUCCUUGUUUCUUCUAAAGUGUCUUCUGUUGCCAAUUCAGUAUCUUAGGUUCGGCUGGCAGGUACUUAGAAAAACACUGGAGAUAGGCAGAAUCUGGUGCAAUCGAGUUUAUUGUGUUCACAGGCAACAACACAGACAAACUCACGAGUCAGCCUCCGGAGGAUGACUGAAAAACUGCUCUCAGCGCUCUGGCUUAUAUGCUGGUGGAGGUCGAAGAGAUCUCCACCCAUUUCUGUAGUCCUUCCCAUUUUGAUCCGUUUUUACUGGUGGCAGACUUUUGCCGUUAUUCCGGCUCAAGCUGGAAUCUGCCACCAGUAUUUCCGGAAUAGCUCUCACUCUAUUUUUUAAAAAUCAUGUGAUCUGUGGGGACUCACAUGUUACAGUCCCUCGUGCUCUUAUUUUUAGAAAAACGUGAUCCCUGGUGACUCACAUGCUACAGUUCCUCGUGACGUAAUCAUUUGAGUGUGUGUGUGACCUUUAUAUGAACUCUUAAGUGCAUUAAACAGUACAAUCAAGUGAGUGUGCUACCUUCUUCACCCAGCACGUGGUAACUUGUAUGAGUGUUACUAUAAGUUCACAACAGCAUGUGAGUGUAGGUUCGUGCAUUAUAUCAUUACACAGCGCGUGAUAGGUUAUGUGUGUCAAUAAGAGUUCACAACUAAUCUGUCACUAAGAGUUCACACCGUUACAUUGCAUAUUACACAUGAAUGCAGGAUUAGUUUUUGCAAAAGUCUACACACUAACAUGGUUAUAUAACUAUUUGUAUCUUAUCCAGUUUAUAUGGUCUAAUAUCUGAUGAGGGUUUUGACUUUUACACUACAACAGCUGCCCAACAAUCUACAAAAAGCCACUUUUAACUAUUCAAAAAGAGACCAUGCUGGAUUCCCAACGACUCUCUGGAGAUGAAAAAAGUCUGAUGCAAAAGCAGAGUUUCCUGUGUUUUCUAAAACAGCAACACCAACAAACUCAAGCCCGGUCCUGGGAGCAGACUGAAUUGCUAUGAACACAGCACUUUUUAUGCAGUUUUUCUAGGGGCUGGAAGGUCCCUCAUUCCCAUUGGUCACUCAGCCUCCGCUCAACUCUAAUGGUGUCUGGCAAAUAAGGGAAACUAUAUAGUCAUAACCGCUCAUGCCUGGCUGCGUCUGCUACCAGUAUCUCCAGGACUUCCUCUGGGUAAUUUUUUAAUAAGGUUAGCAUUGACAUCAUAAAUCAGGCUAGUUUACAUAGACAUAGUAAAUGGUACCAAAGGUGUACAUAGAUAUAGGCCACCAUCAUCCUGGUACAGGUCUCCAUGUGCCUAGUAGCAGGUGGAAUGGCCAAAGGGAAUUAUGACUACAUGCAGUGGAAAGGUUACAUAUCUGUUCUAGUCACAUCUGUUCCUUGCCUAACACAUACAAAGAAUAUGAGAUAUAUGACAACC